AUCUCAUCAUGCUCCCUUGUUUUCCAUCCUUGCUACCCACAUACAUCUCUCGAAAUGUUGGCAUCAAAAGCAUGGCUCCCUAGGACGGGGCUGAUAAAUAACAAAACUGUGAAAAUGAAUUUUUUUAAAUAACCUAUGAACGCACCCCGCAUCAACUGUCAAUUUGAAUCCUAAACUUGGGGAAAAAUGAUGACAUGGCCCCACGAAGAUCUACGGCCAAACGUAAGGUGAACCAGUGUUCUUACGUGAGACAGUUGUUUCAAAACUUCCUGGAUCAGAACCAGCCUAAACAUACAACCAUUCCGAAGGUGCUACCAAAGCCGAUCCAGCGACCGUUACAGUGCUUCCCCAUUGAGAAAGAUGGCAACAAUAGUCUUUUCCUGCAACAGGUUCUUCACAACUUCCACAAGACUCAGGGAAUCAGCAACCACUCAAAAACCGUGAGUGAUUUUCUCGCGAAGCCACACCCCAAGCCGGAUUCCCGGAGAGAUGCCGGUGGUCUCCGGGAUGCGUGCUUCGCUCGAUUCAAACGCCACGAGAAUACAAAUCAAUUUGUAAGGACUGAAACAAGCCCGGGGGCUCCCGUCCAUAGUCUCACCCGAUGGAUUGAGGUAAGGAAGCGGGCAAAGAUCGAGCAAAAUUUGCUCGAUCAACAAAACAAGCAAAAGCGAAAAGAGGAGGAAUUUUUGAAUUUGUCGCAAGAUUUCUUCUCGGGAAGAGAAGCGCUGAAGCUGCCGUUUGAAACGGCCAGCGUUUGUGACCGAACGAUAGUUAGUGUGGGGUCGAAGUUCAUUCCACCAGCCACUUCCACUCCGUUCGAUGGGGAUCCAAUUGAAUUUUGCUCUCCCAUCAUGUCCGAUCCGGAUGAGUUGGCGCAACGAUCGCUGCUAAGCAGGAAAGAAAAUGCUGAAGAAUUUAUUGAAGCAGUAGCAACGGCAGUGGAGAAGUUCAAUGCGGCCAUUUGUGAUAGUGACAAUGUACCACUGGAUCGAAACCUUUACGAAUUGCAGCAAAGUGUCCAACAUAAUAAACCUACAGACUUUGGGCUCUUGCGAAACAACAUUGCCGAACGAAGUAGCUGGAUAGAUCAUUCGUUCUAUAGCAAUGCAAAUUAUCAACCAGCUAAACCCGGAGUUCUCUCGCCAUUGUUUGAUGCUAACAACACUCCAAAAUUUAAUGAAUCGACCCGAUUAGUCCGGACAACCGAAUUUAAAUUCGACUCAUCCCAACGACAAAUUGUUAGAAGACCCUCAGUCAAUCCACUAUUGACUGCUUCACCCCCUUCGCCAACCAGAAAUAUGAAUCAAACACUGAGAGAAGAACUAAGGGGGCUUGGGAAUAAAAUGAGAUCCAAACAGUGCUGUAAAGUAAACGAAUUUGACUUCGACUUUGCUCCAACUGAAGAUAGCUCAUUUACAUUCAUUUCUCAACGAGAAUCACAAUGCGGAAGCGAUUUUUCAUUCCUCGAUGGCACCAAGAUGGAUGACUCCAUCGGGUUGUUCCCGCCGACUGAACGAGAAAUUAAGAAAUACAACCUAUGUUCCGAUGAGUCUUUCCUCAUGACUCAGAAGGAUCAAACAAACCAAACUAUUGGUUUUCGGGAUAUAUUUUCCUAGUCGACAAUAAAAUGUGAUCCGCUCAAGCGCCAAUUUUCAAGUUGUUCAACUCCUCUAUCACAUCCAUGUGUUUAAAUUUAUCCGGAUUAUUUGUAAAUGUUUCCAGUAGAGCCAGCUUCAUUUCGUUUUGCUGACUGUAGAACAUCUGCAACUGGUUGACUAAACAUUGAGCUUCCUGGCCCCCUAUCACUUUGGGAUCGUACUCUCCUCGCAUCAGUAUGAUCCCUUUAUCGCGCAGCUCCGUGUACAAUGCCAGAUUCAAACAUUCUGGUGCAUUUACGUUAUGGACCUGAAGAGA